UAUUACUCUUAGCAUGAAAUUAUUCGUCUGUUUACCUGGGAUUAUGUACCGCAUACUAAAUUCACUAUUUCAUAACUCAAAUACAGUUAAUUGUUUUCCUAGUAACAUCAAAAUUAAACUAAAAUUGAUGUAAGGUAUAGUGAUUUCGUGCAUUAUAGGCAAAUGCAAGAUGGUAGAGCCACCGCUAUUGACUUUUUAAUUAUCGAUCAAGUAUUUAAGGCUUAACGGCUUUUCCUGCAUUUGUGUUCAUGCAGAUUAUGGCGUCCUUUUUUGACAUUCCUAUAAUUUAUAUAGUUCCCUUGCAAUGUCCUUGCUGGGGGACCUUAGAUUGGUCUAAAAUGAUUUGCUCAUCGACAAAGCAAUAAUACACGAUGCAAAUGCUCAGGAUAUUGAAAAUGCUAGAGAUUAAAAAAUGUGAAAAAAUGUCGGUUGGAUAAACGCUUUACAUACAGACAAUUACAAGCACGAAUAACUUUGCGUCAAGUGCCGAAUUCAAUAACUAACAAACUUUGCAAGCAAAGCGUUCGAAUAUUAUUUAAAGAUACAAAGUCCAUACCACAAAUUGUCUGAUAAAGGGUGUAUAGAAACACAGCAAUAGUCAGUCCAUACUCGUUUUGGGUCAUUUACUUCGCAACAGUGCAUUGCUAAACGAAGGUUAUUACUAAUUUUAAUUACAAAGGCUCUUGCCACGCUAUGGGUUAAUGAUUGUGACAGAGCAUUUUGAAUAGAUGAAAUUUUUUAAUAUACUGCUACAAAAUUUAGCAUCUAAACUUUGAUGGCGUAGCAUGUAACCAUGAUAUAAUCUGUAUAUAGAAUCUAGUCAUUCCUUUCAAGACCUAUGAUUGGAUAGGUCAAUGCGAAUACUCCAAUAUAAAAUAAUUGCUAUUCACAGCGGGACUCGCGUACCUGGCUGGGAAGGCAGUAGGAAAUACAAUGAAAUCGGCAAGAAAAAUAAAUCAGAAAUAAGGCAUAUAGCAACAGGGAUAUAUUCUGACAAUCAAAGGGCUCAAGAUGCUGUCAACGUUACGCUCUUUCACUGGGGAAUACAUGGUUGGAUCGUUUACGCUGUUGUUGGCUUGCUCAUGGCAUUCAUUGCAUACCGAAAAGGACUUCCUAUGACGAUACGUUCCUGUUUUCAUCCCCUCCUUGGCGAUAGGAUCUAUGGUUGGAUGGGCGAUUUGAUCGACUCUCUGUCCGUUAUUGCUACAAUGUUCGGGGUGUGCACCAGCCUUGGCAUUGGCGUUAUAACAAUCAAUUCCGCGUUGAAUCGCAUUGAUCCAGAUAUCGAAGAGAACACGGACAACCAAAUUAUUUGCAUUUGGGCAAUUACGGCAAUGGCAACCGUCUCGGUCGUAACUGGUCUCAAAGUGGGCAUCAAGUACAUCAGUGAGUUAUGCUUCUGCCUCGGUAUGUUCCUGAUGAUGUUCGUCUUCUUCUACGACGACACUUGGUUCCUUCUGAAUCUCUACGUUCAAAGUAUCGGCUACUACUUACAAUGGAUCAUUCAACUCGGAUUUCACACGGAUGCCUUUGCGCAGCUCGGAAAUGCUCCGGACGGAAAGCAAGCACCGACCUGGAUGGAUGACUGGACGAUCUUCUACUGGGGCUGGUGGAUUGCUUGGUCACCAUUCGUUGGCAUGUUUAUUGCAAAAAUUUCCCGCGGAAGAACGGUGAGAAAUUUCAUCAAUGGGACUCUCACCGCACCGAUUCUUUACUCCUUCCUCUGGUUCUGUAUUUUUGGCGGAGCUGGCUUGAGAAUGGAACGGGAUGCUGUCUUGAAGGGAGUCAAUUGUUCCUCGGCCUUGGGAGGAACCAACGCAACCGAAGGUCUCGAUAAACUCUACAAACUUUCGUGCAGAAAGCAAACGCAGAUGUAUUUCGACGUCCUCGACCAAUAUGGGGAAAAUCUGAGCGGGUUUCUUCGUGUCGUAUCCCUGAUCGCCAUGGUCCUGUACUUCGUGACAAGUUCGGACAGCGGUUCGUUAAUUAUUGAUUGUCUAUCGGCAAACGGAAAUCCGGAGCCUCCAGUUCUCCAGCGUAUCUUCUGGGCGCUGACCGAAGGCGCUUGCGCCACAGCACUUCUCUACACCGGCGGAUCGAAGGCGCUCACUGCCUUGCAGACGGUGUCGAUUGCUGGCGGAUUGGCCUACACAAUUAUCCUCAACUUCAUGUGCGUUGCCCUUUGGCGAGUUAUGAAAGAAGAAGCAGGCGACAACGACCCCAAUGCUCGCUACUUCCCCAGCAGUCUUUUCGCUGUCUUCGAUUUUGCGUCGCUCAAUAAGACCAUCAACGUGAUCGUCACGAUCUUUGCACCCUGGUGGUUGGGCGGCAAAGCAGCCGGUAAGGUCUAUGGUCAAGAAGCAUGGCCACACAUGCUCACGCUUGGCACGUUGUUUUAUGGUUGGAUCGCAUUGCUCAUUCUGGAGAUCUUGGAAGACGGUCUCGCGUACAUCGGUUGGGUAAUCUUGUGCGGCUUCUUCGCCUACACCACAGGAAUACGAAUCCGUGCUCGUGCAAAAUACGAAAUCAGCGGCACCAUGAUUGAAGAUGCACUCGCGGUGGUAUUUCUGUAUCCGCUUGCCAUUGAUCAGACGUACGAGGCGGUUCUACUCGACGGCGGUUACGGGCACGGAAAAGAUUCCCAUCCAACAGUCCCUGAAAUCGGCCUGGAUAACAUGGGCGAGAAGAAAAAUGAUCCUGGCAACGGCCAUGCUGCUCCAGAGGACACUUCAUUUUAAAUAAUAUUCUAUUUCUCAAUAUAUUCAGCAUGUUUACCAGUUUAUUUAGUUUUAUAACCGUAUUGAAAAAUGGUAUAACCUAACGUAAGCACACAAUAAUCUUCGAAUCGCACAUUUCAAUUGAUAAAGGUGAUUUGAAAAUAGAUUGUAUGAAAAAUACAGGUAGCGACUCUUCUUUGGGAUUGUUUUGAUUCACCUGUGUAUAUAUAACUGAUUUCGAUACAUAUAUAUAUUUAACGGCGAGAAUACUUCUAAGAAUUAUUUAGUACGAUUCAGGAAGUUUUUUAAUUAAAAUUUUAGUUUUCAUGUGUCAUAAUUUCGAAAGCGUGCCUUUUUUUACCAGAAUUAUAAUUAGCCAAUACAGGGUACAUUAUUUGUCCCAAACGUGGCCGAAACCUGGAGGGAGCUCGAGGCGCGAAGCGGAAUAAGAAG